CAAGGCGGCCUUCGACCGGCUGAAGAUGGGCCUGUGCCCCGAGGCCUCGGACAGGGUGGCGGGCCUGAGGCGGCGCUGGCGCGGGAAGCGCAAGGUGAAGCGCAUGGAGGCGCUGGAGCGCGGCGCGGGAAGCAGCGACGAUGACUGGGACGACUGGGACGACGUCGAGCUGCCCGUGAAGAAGUGCCGGCAGGUGUCGCCGGUCGCGGGACUCGCGCUUCACUGA